AUGGUUGUUGGUUCGACAACAUACCCUGGCAGACAAGUGCUUCACAAAAUGCAGCCGAUGGGCAUGACUCCACGCGAACUUUCAGAGUACGAUGACUUGGCAACAGCGCUUAUUGUAGAUCCAUAUCUCGGUAUUACCACACAUAAGAUGAACAUUCGCUAUAGACCAUUGAAAACAAAUAAGGAAGAAUUAAAAAACAUUAUAAAGGAAUUUAUUCAAACGCAGGAUUAUAAUAAAGCUUAUAACAAACUGGCUAGUGGUGAAUGGAUGCCAAGACAUUUUACAAAGAACAAGCAUCAACAAAAUAAACUCAGAGAACAUAUUUAUCGAUAUCUAAGAGUUUUUGAUAAAAAGGCUGGAUUUGUAAUAGAGCCUUGUUAUAGGUACUCAAUGGAAGGAAAGGUUGGAGCUAAAAUAUCAACAACUAAAAAGUUUUUUAAGCAUGAAAGAAUAGACUUUCUUGUUGGUUGCAUUGCAGAAAUGACAGAAGAAGAGGAAAAACAAUUGCUCCAUCCUGGAAAAAAUGAUUUUUCUGUCAUGUAUAGUUGUAGGAAGAAUUGUGCUCAGUUAUGGCUUGGUCCAGCUGCUUACAUAAAUCACGAUUGUAGACCUACUUGUACUUUUGAAGCUACAGAUCGUGGCAAAGCUUUUGUUCGUGUAUUAAGGGAUAUUGAUGUGGGAGAAGAAAUAACUUGUUUUUAUGGUGAAGACUUUUUUGGCAAUGGUAAUAGCUAUUGUGAAUGUGAAACUUGUGAAAGAAGGGGCAAAGGCGCAUUUUCUGUAAAAAAUGCACAUAAUGACGAACAAUCUACAAGAUAUAGGUUUAGAGAAACAGAUAAUAGAAUUAAUAGGUAUAAAGCUAAACAAAAUAAAAAAACUGAAAAUGGCAAAAACCCUGAAAAAUCUCGAAUAUCAAAUAGACAACUUUCAAAUAUUGUGUCACCACUCAGUAUGAAAGAAAUGAAACAAAAAGGAUUGACAAAGUAUGAUGCUGAGCUAUUAAUAGCUCAGGGUUGUAUUGCCGAUGUGGUGGAUGGACCUGUUGAAAAAGAAUCACAAGGGAGUAGAGAGUCAUCUGCUUCCAGAAGAGGUGAACGUUUGAGAAAAAGAGCAGAUAGUGGUCGUGUGCCCAAUGGUGUCUCCGCAACUGUAUCAAGUACUGCAUCACAGGGCCAAGCACCACCAUCACAAUGCUGUAAUAUAACUAGUGCACAUAGCACAUGUGACUCCAGUUCUGGUAUUGUUUUGCGAAGUCACAAACGUCUAGUAGAUACUUGCGUUCAGACACCAUGUAUUAAAGUUAGGAAUAAUUCCAAAAGUUGUUCAGAAGCCAAAAUGGGAAGGAAUCAUAGUAUUCCGAAACUGGAUUCAGAUUUGCAAAAUACUGUUGACACAAAUAAUAUACCUAUCAAAGAAGAAUUUACUAAUGAUAUUUUACAAGAGAAUUGUGAGUUAGAUACAACUAGCAUUGUGAGUAACACAGAAAUGGAAACGGAGAGUCAUAAUGACAUAAAAGAAUCUCUGUCACAAAGACUUGAAUCAAGUGCUCCUGUUAUAACAUUUAAGAAGGAAUCCUGCGACCCUUGCAAUGAUCGGGAACAAAAACUUGACAAAGGUGAGUGCGUGAGUGAUGAAGCAUGUUUAAAAAGUGAAAUUUGUGAUUUUAGAGAAAAUGUUAACCCAAGUGAGUCUAAAGAUAGUAAAAUGAACAAACACAAAGUUGAUGUACCGCAUCGGACUGAAGAGGCGAAAAAGGAAUCUGAAUCUGGACCACCAUGGUUAGCCGAUAAUUCAAACAAAAGUAGUGAGUGCCCAUGCACACCACCACGUAGAGGGUUGAAAUUAACACUGCGGGUCAAAAGAAGUCCUGUGGUUGAAGAAGUGAUGGAUUGUGGAAGUACCACAGAAGCACCUGAAUAUGAAGUCUUACGGCUUGAGGGUGUAGAUCCUGAAACUGCUAGGCGUCUUAAGAAACGGCGCCGGUCAAAAGAACGGCAUCGUAAACACAGUCCAAUCCGUCCUUUGCCUCCCAUGAAGCGACUUAGAUUGAUAUUUGGAAAUGAGAGCCGAACUAUAGAUUUACCUACUGCUAUAUCGGCAGACUGA